AAAAAUGUCAGCUGCCUCUUCGCGACCACAGAUUUCCAAAUUCGACUGACGUUUUAGAAUAAUUUCCACGAAUUAUUUUUAUUCAGGAUAUGGAGUAGUUUUCCAUGAUCUAUAGCGCGUUUCUUGUGUAACUAGUUCAAUUUUAGUGAAUCGGUGAUGGGUGGCCACCACAGUCACGAGCUCAAGGAUGAGCAAGGUGGCAGCGGACAUUCGACGCCUCGAGGGUCGCAGCGCGGGGCUUCGUCACGUUCAGGGUCUGGAGGUGACCUGCAGGGGUUGGCGGAGAAGUCGGACAAACCUCCCCCGUCCAUGGUCCCCGUGGAGAAGCUUGGAAAGCUGCUGUGCCAACGCUCACAAAAAGAAGAUGGCGUCAACGGCGUCACAGAAAAGUCUUUUAGCAAAUACCUGUUCCCAAUGUAUCCGGAACUGGCGCGACAGUUCUACAAGUUCGUGCACCGCGCGGGCAAGUGCAAGAACAAGCACGUGACGCUCGCCACCUUCCGCCAGCAGUGCGAGCGAAUCCUGGCCAUGCUGGACGACGCCGCCAUCAUCGACACCUACGUCAGGAUGUUCGGCGCGGAUACAGACGACAACAUGGUGACGCCCGAAGGCUUUCGCAGCCUGCUGUUCACCAGUUAUAAGCUGUCUAUGGACCACUACCCCGAAGGCCCGCAGACCUGCCUCAUGUCAGUGGUUCAUGAUAGCCACGAGCAGAUCAACAAGACGCUGUCGGCGGUGGUGAACGGCUGCUUCAACAAGAAGGACUGCCACAGCGUGGGCUUCGUGGUGCGCUGGCUGGAGGAGCACUGUCACCGCCUCAUCUUCCCCAUACACAGGUACUGCGUGCACAUGCUGGCCACGCGGCACCGCGACAUCGAGGCCGCCAUCGAGUCCAACGGCUCCGGCGCCGGCCUCGACCUCGCCACGCCCGUGCUAGAGCGCGCGUCGCCGCUGAGCCAGCCGACGUCGGCGGUGCUGCCGCUGUCGGUGGCGUGGCUGCUGGCCGCCGCCGCGCCGCCGCUGUACAGCCGGCCCGUACAGCCGCCGCAGGUGCACUCAGGCGGCACCCUGGCGUCGGCGGCGUGGCUGGCUCGCUUAGUAUGUGCCGUGCCAUCUCACUGGGCGCCGCUGUACUGCUCGCGCGACCACGGGCUCGGCGCCAACCGCUUCCUGCACCACACCACCUCCUACAGAGGCCCGACGCUGGUGGUGUUCGAGGCGGGCGAGCUGACGCUGGUGGUGGCCAGCCCGCAGGAGUGGCACGAGACGCACCAGUACUGGGGCGGGCCCGACUGCGCACUGCUCCAACUGUUCCCCACGUUCGCACUGAUAGAGCGCGCUCCCAAGAUGCUAUACCUGAACACGUCCAUCCGAGGAUACCCGAAGGGACUGCGAGCCGGCGCCGACCCGCGCCAGCCGCUGCUCAGCGUGCCCCACGACUUCGACGCGCUCACCUUCCAGGGCGCGCCCUACCCGCUGCACGCCAUACAGGUUUGGGGCUGCGGUGACCAGGCGUCGAGAGAAACGCAGCUAGAAAUCAAAAAAUGGCAAGUGCGAGAAGCAGAGCGCCAGAGACAGGUGAAGCUGUCUGCGGCGGACUGGAUGGAGCACCCCGACCGCUACCUGCUGGAGCUGGCGGGCCGGCCGCAGUACAACAACUCCGCGUCCUAGCCAAUAAAGUGGAAUAUGUAUGUGGACUUACUACUGAUGAGAGCGAGAUAGCCAGCUGGUGUGAGGAGAAUAGAGAAGAAUAGUUGGUGACGUCUUGACGACUGUUCCUGGUCUAUUCUUAGUCCUUCUAGAUUGCAUUUGUUGUUUACUGCUCUAAGGUACAGCCAAAAGAAAGUGUUCUAUUGACCAUAAGUACUUAGAUUUGUUAUUUCAUAUUUAAUCAUAACACUGUACUUAAACUAUUUUAUUUAUCAUGUAAUGUCACAUCACUUACUAACAAUUUCUUAAUUUAGAGAUUUGAUUUCCAUGUACUCUUAUAAUCUUAUUUUUAUACAAAAAAUAAAAUAAACGAAGAAGUCAGAAGCACCUCAAAUCGCUCCAUAUCUUGAAUAAAGAUAAGGUGUGCGUAAUUAUUAAAAGGAAUCAGAAUAAUAAGUUGAUUUUUUUAUUAGCAACUCCAAAGCCAAUAGCGUUUGCAGUUAGUGGUGGGUGCUUCUGCGAUGUUAUUAUGUGUAAUGCUAUGCAGAGAAAUUCUGUGAAUAAAAUAAAAUAAUAAAAAAAAAUAUUUUACGAAGCAUUUUACUGAGUUAGUUAACGUAGUUUGCUCAAUGUUAGAAUUCCAUUUGAGCGUUUUAAUUAUUUUUAAUGUAUAUCAUAUCUUAGUAAAGAAUUUGAGGCUUCUUCAAGCUGUAAUUGUUAUAUCAAAGAGUAAAACGUUUUAGGAUAUUGGAAAGAAAGUGUUUUAGAAUAUGUGUGAUAAUAAAGGUAUAUUUUAAUUUCCACGGGCCUGCGACGAUUUAUUUGUGUAAUGUGCACGCUCCGUAGCUGUGGAAAUAUCAGGGUUCGAAAAUAUCCGAUAAUAUAUAUCAUAAAUAUCCGAUAUUUAUCAUAAGGAUAUUUUCGAACCCUGGAAAAUAUACCUUUACAAGGGGGCGAAUAGCUCGUUUUGUUCGCAUUCUGCUCGCAAACGCUCGACGUAUUGUUCCUAGUGUUAUAAGCCAUAAGGUCGCGAGUCAUUAACUAUAUUUUAAAUGUAAAUUAACAAAAAUACCAACCAUUACAUGGACCAAAUGUUGACGUUUUUCCACUUACGAAUGUAGUUGUAAGUUUAAUUGUUUCACUUUUUGAUAUUUGAGUGAGAAAUUAUUAUUGAUAUAAAUAAUCAUUAAUUUUAAUUAAAACUGUAAUACACACAAGUUUUUACAAAUUUUUUUGAUUGACGCACCUUGCUACCUUCUAAAAUAUUCAUUUAUCAUUAAGAUUCAUGCAUGUUUAGUAAAAUACAGAGCAAUUGAAAGAUAUAAUUUAAAGAUCUCUUUUAUAUUUAGGCCAACACUUUUGAUUGUUUUCUUGGGAAAUAAAUUGGUAAGAAGAACAAUGUACAGGUUGCUCUUAAUUUUUUUUUUUUUUUUUUUUUUUUAUGCAUAACAAGGCAGGUAUUUGACCACAAUCGCACCUGAUGUUAAGUGGGAUGCGGUCUAGGAUGGUACAUAUCUGCCCUGUAAGUGCCUAUUCACUCUCGCCUUGAAAAGGCCCGGAUUAUAGUUUUCGGGAAAGACAGCAGCAGGCAACGAAUUCCAGUCCCUAGCUGUUCGCAUUAUAAAAGAGUCAUCGAAACAAACGCUUAGUGCGAGCUGGUGGAAUGUCAACAAUAUAGGGAUGGUACGCUAACCUGCGUCUGGUUCCCCGAUGAUGGAAGGGGGCUGGUGGAAUUAAUUCAUGUAAUUCUUUCGCACAUUCUCCGAAGUGUAGCCUGUAGAAAACCGAUAGGGAUGCUACCUUACGGCGAUGGUCAAGUUCCUGGAGCGCCGCUUCAACAAGGGUAGGGCUGUCGAUAAGUCUUCUGGCACGCCUUUCCACCGAAUCCAAAGCAGCCAAAUGUUUCUUGGCAGAGCCGUCCCAGAGGUGGCAGCAGUACUCCAUGCAAGGUCGGAUCUGUGCUUUAUAAAGCUGCAGCCUUUGCUUCUUGGAGAAGUACUGCCUUGCCCUCGAGAGGAUACCAAGCUUUUUGGCAGCAGUUUUCGCUAUGGAUUCGAUGUACUCGCCAAAGUUCAGCUUGCUGGACAUUUCAAUGCCCAAGAGUUGCAGUUUUUAGGACUAGUAGGAAUUAUGUGAAAAUACUCUUAAGUUUGCUAAGCUGUCGCAUCUGGAUCACCGUAUUUUGUAUUUACUGCAAUGCUAGCAACACUAAUCCUCUUUGUGAUCCGUAUAAAUUAAAUUUAGAGUACCGCUGAUUAAAAAAUAAACAGCCUGUAUAAUGAAGUCAGGUGGAUUGUGGUGCCUGCUGAACUGUAUUUCCGAGUAACUUAUCAUUCGUAGUAUAAUAAGGACCACGCUUAACUCGUACAUAGGUGCUAAUCAUAUUGCUUUUAGAGGACUUGUUAUGUAAGUACAUAACUAAUAAAUUAUUUUAGUAAAUAA